AUGAACUCAUCCGUUAAAGGGGAAUCCGAGGUUCUAAACGGGGAAUGCGGCGACCGUUCUUGCGAGGGAAUUCCGCACGAGGAUACGGGAUCCGAUCCUGAGCUCGGUGAGGAGAAAGUCCCUGAUUGCGCUAGGCUCGAUGGUAUCCCUCAAAAGAUUGAGAUGCCGUGGAGAUCAUCGUCAAGAUCUCUGGCUCGGGAUGGUCAAUCGGGGAUGACCGAAGAUAUAGUCAUCGCUUUGCGGGAGAGGGUGGGAAUCAGUGACGCGGUCAAGAUUCUCGUUCCCUUACCUGACCAAAGGCCGAUGGACGCUCCACCUGGAUGGUUUUGCCUCUACGAAUGCUUCCUCACGGAGUUUGGAAUACGUUUUCCGGUCCUCCCGUUACUUCUCGAGUAUGCGUAUGAGCGGGGUGUAGCGUUGAGUCAGCUGACCCAUGGUGUAGUGCGGCAUAUGGUCUUCUCGGCCGCUCUGGCGAAGGCAGCCGGGAUGAAGCUAGACAGGGAGCUCUUUGAGCGUAUAACUGAUCUUCGUGCUGGGGUUAAGGAAGGAGGUUUCAAGCGUUUCCACACAUCGAUGAAACAUGACAUCGUUUUUGGUGAUCAUCGAACGAAGAUUCAUCACUGGACGCGCUACUACUUUUUUGUCAAGGUCGACCGUGCUUCGGUCGGGGAUUUUGAUCCUAGUCACGUCGGCAUAUGGUCUUCUCGGCCGCUCUGGCGAAGGCAGCCGGGAUGA